CUCGCGCAGAACGAAUCGCUUCACAACGCGCACGCCACGUUAUACAGCGCGACACAGGCAACAUACAGUCAUGAACUUUCUUUCUUUUAAUAAAUACAUAUUUACAAACACUAUAUAAUAAAUAGCCUAAGAAAUGUUCCCAACUACGAAGUUGGUCUCAGUUUUGUUUGUUAUCCUAAAAAGUGAUGACGUCACGGGUACAUUAUGGAGCGAUGUGGCGAACCACUCUGCUUGGAAAAUGCUGGAUUUCUUCGAGUGCGGGGAGAAUGCGGCUGACCGCAUCAUUGGUGGGCUGGACGCUGCGCUUGGGCAGUUCCCCUGGAUAGCACGUCUUGGAUACGUCUCAGCCGAGGACAACGAGACGGAUUGGAUGUGCGGCGGCGCGCUGAUCAGUGAUCGCCACAUAGUCACCGCCGCCCACUGCGUACGGAUCAGCCCCGACGAGGAAUUCCAACUGUCGUUCGUUCGUCUCGGUGAAUAUGACACGAGGACGGACCCGGACUGCAAGUUGCGAGUCUGCGCCCCACCGGUGCAGGACCGCGCGGUCAAACCCAACCUGGUCAGGAGCCACAAGCUCUUCAACAACCCGAACUUCCACAACGACAUCGCUAUUAUAGAGCUGGACACGCCUGUCGAGUUGAACAACUACGUGAGCCCGAUCUGCCUGCCGAAGGAGGAUCAGCUGGGCGAUCUGAAGGUGGGCGAGCUGGUGACGGUGGCGGGCUGGGGCAAGAUGAACAUGUCCACCGACCAGCGCGCUGACGUGCUUCAGUACGUGCAACUUCCAGUAGUUCAACCCGUGGUAUGCGACUCCAUAGGGCGGGGGUUCACGGUAUCCGAGUCGGAGAUAUGUGCCGGCGCACAACUCAACAAAGACGCCUGCGGCGGGGACUCUGGCGGACCCAUGAUGAAGAUAUACGACACACCAGACGGACCGAAGACUUAUCUAGUAGGAACAGUGUCCUUCGGCCCAACGAUUUGUGGUAUCAAAAAACCUGGGGUGUACGCUUCCAUUUCACACUACCUUCACUGGAUUCUAGAUAACAUACUCUAAUAUCAUGUAUAGGGUGAUAAAUUGUGUACCUAAUAGAUUUUAAAAAAUAUAUUAUACACCAGUAAGAGACAAAUUAUAAAACAACCACAUCAGACAA